UACAUAAUGGAACGCAUGGCAAGGUGGAUGUUUUCAGCUCCCACAAACGACCUACAGUUCUUAUUUUACAUCAUGGGUCUACAACACCCAUUACACACAACACGCUCACCAUUCUAUUAAUACCAAGCACAAGCAGGACCCUAGGCAUAUUGGAUUUCCCUCCCUCUGCUAUACGGUUUAACGCCUACUCCCUUUUAUUGAAUGUUUGAAAUCAAAUGCACCACCUCUGGAUUACGAUAAUCGCAGUGCAUGUUUGGCACUCCACAGAGGCCCUUGAAAAAGGUAAUGCCCACCGCCUUUAUCGCGGCAAUUUGCGAGAUCAUCUCAGGCCUUCUCUGUGGUGUGCUGAUGUCGAUAAUGCCGCUGUCAGUCUCCGGGUCGCCAUUCUCCUUGCCCGACUUGGGUGCAGGUGAAAGUGCAGGCAGUGGGACGCCCUACUUGGGUGCAGGUGAAAGUGCAGGCAGCGGGACGCCCUCCGUGUUCAUGGAGGAGUUGAGCCCCAGGCAGCUGGCGGCCAAGGAGCUCAAGGCCCGCUUUCUGGCGGCCUUGCAGAGGAACGACGGCCGGGCGGUGUUGGAGAUCCUGUACCACAGCGACCUGGAUAUAGACACGGUGCUGGAGGUGGAGGACCGCAACAUGGUCCUGGCUUCGUACAAGCAAGGAUACUGGUUGCCAGGCUAUAAACUUGAGAAGUCAUGGGCGAUGGGCGUCCACGUGUGCGUCAAGUACAACGCGUUAGAGUCACUACUGGUGCUCCUCCAGAAGGGGGCGGCCGUUAACCGCAAACCCAACGGCAAGACUCCGCUGCAUGUGGCCUGCGAGGUCUCCCAGGCUGACUGCGUGGCCUUGCUAUUGGACCAUGGGGCCCGGAUCAACAGCAAAUCAUUAAGCGGCCACACAGCGCUCCACUACUGUAUCACCAGGGAUUCAGUGGACUGUGCCAAGCAGCUCCUUUUCAGAGGUGGGAAGGUGAACAUGCCCAGUGAUAACAACGAAGAGGACACUCUGCUGCACAGGGCCGCCCGGUUCGGCAUCCCCCAGCUGGCGGCACUGUACCUGUCCAGCGGCGCUGCAGUGAACGCGGUCAACUCUCACAAGGAAACUCCCCUGCUGACUGCGGCCUUCUGGGCCUUCGACCAGAAGGAGCAGCUCUACAGCGAGGACCACCACCUCGUCUGUCGCAUUCUGCUGGACCGCAAUGCAGACCCAAACAUCCCAGAGGAGGACAAGAAGACGGCCCUCCACAAGGCCGCCUGGAACUGCGACCAGGUGCUGAUGCAGAUGCUGCUGGAGGGCGGGGCGGACGCCCGGGCUAUGGACAUCAACGGCUGCGCCCCCAUCCAGUACCUCCUGAAGGUCACCGGCGUCAGGCCCAUGGGCGUCCCCCAUCUCUGCUACCAGCUGCUGCUGAACCACAACGGCGCGCGCGUCUACCCUCCCCAGUUCCACAAGUACAGGUGUUGCAGGCCUGCCAUGACUUCCCUGAAGCAGUGGAGAUCCUGGCCAACUCCUACGAACGCUUGAAGCCCACAAGGAAAUGGCGAACGUCCAUUCCCGACGACUGCUAUAAGAGACACCAGGCGUUCUACGACUCCCUGUUCUCCGUGUGGUCCGACGGCCCGCGCUCCCUGAUGCACCUGGCCAGGUGUAGCGUCCGCGGCGCCCUGGGGGGGAUGUGUAUGGCCUCCGUCCCGCGGCUCCCCCUGCCGCCGUCCGUCCAGAGGUACCUGUUACUGGAGCCCAGCGGAGCGCUCUACUGAAGGGGCCCCGGAGUGGGUGUGUCAGGUCACCCUGGGUCUCCCCGCCAACUGAACCAGCCCCACCCUGAGUCGAGGCCGGCCGAGGGUCCUUCUGGUCCUUCUGGUCAGGCGACAGAGCGGCGCCCAAGUGUGUUUGUCUUUUGCUGCGUUGCCUAGCAACGGACGACGGUUGGAGGGGAGAGGCGGUUGGUCCGCCUGCACUUUAUAGACGUGGGAUCAAGCUUCACGUUGGGGGCAAUGAACAAAGAAGCUCCACGGAGCAGCAAUGGUGCUGAUCCAGGACUAAUCUGCACCUUUCUUGUCGGUGGAUGUAGUGCCUGAACCUGAAAGGACACAUUUAUUAAGAUCCUAGUUUUCUUUUAAGGAGGAAGACUGGAAUGGUCAGAGUUCGGACUUACAACUGGCUCCUGAAGGAAUUAUAGAGAUAAAGGUUCUUGGUUUGAGUCCCUGAUGUCCUCAGGCUACUUGUACUCAUCCUUAGCGAUUUGUUUAACCCCUACCUGCGCUGUAACGGACGGUCAGGGUAGUGUAGUGGCUAGGGGGUUUACGUCUCGCCAAAACCUACUGGGUUUGAUCCCUCUAUCCAUAGUCUACCUGUAGGCAUCCUUAAGCAAGAUUUAUUAACACUACCUAACUUCUUAUGACGUGUAUUUCACUUGGAAAAAAGAAAAUAACAUUCAGACAGUCAAUGUUCAAAUAAAUGGAUAAUCAUGGAAAUAAAGAAAAAUAGACAGACAAUUAUUUAUUUAUGCACAAACUGAAAGCUGAAUUUGACAGCAUAUCAAUCAUUCAUGGAUUAAUAACAUCAUGUGGUAAAUAUAUGUAGAAAGCAGAAUGUAUGACUAUGGAAAUGUAUUUUAAAUCCUUAUACAUUCAAAUAAUCGAAUAGGCCUCUAGAUCAGAUCGACAAGCUAACACUGUAUGGUUUAUACUUAUCAUUUAAUUUAAAAAUGUGACCUGUUUAUACACAAAAAACUCAUUGCGUAAAGGAAUUGGCUAUCUACCCAACAACCAACCCAGCAAGGGCCAAUAUUUGCAGAACCAGCCCUUAAAAAAGCCACUAGACCAGAAGUGCUUGUCUUUCCAGGUAACUGCCUGUGCACACAGCAUGUAAACACAUGCUGUGAGCCUGGCUCUGGGGAUAUGCUACGGUUUUUGGUUUUUUCUUCAAUAAAAUAGUAACUUUAUUUAAAAAAAUUAAAAAAAAUAAAAAAUAAUGUAAAUAUAUUUUUGGGAAUAAAUGAGUGAAGAUUUUGAUAAAAAAUUAACGAAGCCUCUAUAACAAAAAAAUGUUGCGUGUGAUUUUAUAUAUAAACUGAUGUUUCAGAUCAUGGAUUACUUCUAGAGGGAGAUCUAGGUCCCUGUUCCCUUGUCCCUUGUCUUUGCUCUUCUUGUCAUGUGCCUUUUCCUUUACCCUAAAGAGAUUUUCAACUGACGGCUCAUAGGAAGUAAGACAGCUGAAAUUACGGCAGGUAGGAAGACCAAUGAUAUCUCUUGAAGAUAAAACCACUUCUAACCAAAAUCUAUUAGGGGAAGAGCAUUGGUCUUCCUCCAUGCUGUAGUUGUACAGCAUGGAGUGUCGAAACAAACAUAACGUAGCGUCUGUCUCCGGCAUCGUCGGUCAUCCAUGCAAACCACUGUUGAGUAACGUGAAAGGAUUUACUAAAGCCUAGAAAUGUGGCUUCAAUCGUGCUUUCAAUGUGUGUGUGUCCCUCUGAGCCACUGUGUGUUCCUGCAGCAUGCUUCCGAGUACAGGGAUUGAACCCCCAUGGGCCUGUUGGUGCAUCUGUUCCUCUGCCAACAGUUAUAUGAACCGUUUCAGUGACCUCAUCCCAAGGUCACAAAGAUAUGUGCUCGGACAGGACCAAUCCUGUUUCUGUUACAUGAAUGCGAUGUUUAUAGAAAGACAAACAGUACUACUACUAGUUGGCCUAUAUUGAGGAUUUGCUUAGGACAGCAUUCUUCCAGGAAUUAAUCUCGGACCUAGCUGUCCCGAUAUUUUACCAAAGAUAAAUGAUUCACGCGAGUGGAUGGAGAUUUCGAAGUGUAUUUCUACAGUGGCCAAUUACACAGUGUUGUUUCAAACCUUUAGACAGGUUUUUACAGUUUACCACUGCUGGCCGAGUUUGUGAACUCUGGGAAAAAACAAUUAGGGGCAUACAGGUCCUCGACUCCAACAAAAAGAUUUGUUGAAACAAAUAUGAAGCAAAAGUAAAUGAAACGCCCCUUUCACCCUGAUUUGAGCUUGUCUGCCAACAAACUUUAGAUAUGAAUCUAAAGCCUGAUUCGUGGUACUAUCCAGUCCAUGUACAGUAUAGGCACAUGCCAAGGACAAAGCCUCCCACAUAGA